GCGUUGCCGGUGGCAACAGACCACAGCGUUCGACCCGCUUCUCACGCGCAGCACCGACAGUUUCAUCCUUAUAUUCGCGUCGAGGAGCUUCCGGUGUCAGUUUACUAUUCGCCGCGGGCCUGUAGAGAGAGAAGAUGGAGCUCCACCUGAACCGAGUCGAUUAUAUCCAGGUUGGUGUGACCUCUCAGAAAACCAUGAAGCUGCUUCCAGCUCUGGGGAAAAAGGCAACUCAAAAGGUUGCCAUCGCUGAUCACGACGGUAUAUUGACGUGUUUUGGGAUGAAGAAGGGAGAAGCAGUGCCCGUGUUUAAAACACUUCCGGGGCAGAAAAUAGCCCGACUGGACCUCGGAGGAGCGGCGGGAACGCCGCAGGAGAAAAUCUUUGUUUGCUCCGGUUCUCAGGUCCGAGGAUUCACCAAGAAAGGAAAACAGUUCCUCACCUUUGAAGCCAACCUCACGGAGAACAUUAAUGCCAUGCACGUCGCCGGCGCCGACCUUUUCGUCUGUGCGAGUUACAUCUACAACCACUACUGCGACUGCAAGGACCAGGACUACUAUCUCUCUGGAGACAAAAUCAAUGACAUCACGUGCUUGUCCUCAGAGAACCUGACUCGCGUCAUGCCAGUCCUUGCUUGCCAAGAUCGGGUUCUCAGAGUCUUGCAGGGAUCUGAGCUUGCCUAUGACGUUGAGGUACCCGGCCCACCGUCUGUCUUGGAGUUGUACAACAAAGAUGGAGGAGAGGAAAUCCUCUAUGGAACUACAGAUGGUAAAAUCGGAUUGGUCCAGAUCGGCGAGCGCUCAGCUGCGACCAAAUGGGAGAUCGACAACGACAAAAAGAAAGGAGGAAUUCUUUGCAUCGACACCUAUGACAUUAUCGGUGACGGAGUGAACGACAUUCUGGUGGGCAGGGAUGACGGGACGGUGGAGGUUUAUGGAUUUGAUAGCUCCAGCGAGCCCAUGUUACGUUUUGAUCAUAUACUGUCAGAGAGCGUUACUUCCAUCCAGGGUGGCUGUGUGGGGAAGGAGUCUUAUGAUGAGGUCCUGACUGCCACAUACACAGGAUGGGUGACUGGUUUGACCACUGAGCCCCAGAAGGCUGAGGCUGGCCCUGGAGACGUGGUCAGAAUGAGUAAGGAGACCCAGUCCAAAGUAGAAGCACUUAGGGCAGAGCUGGAGCAGCUGCAGGUCAAAGUCUUGCAGGGACGAGAGCAAUACCAGCAGACGUCUCAGUCGAGCACGGCCGUCUCUGCCGUGCCCGUCUUCAGCAUCAACGACAAGUUCACCCUCUGCCAGGACGACGCCAGCUACAGCCUCACCUUGGAGGUGCAGACCGCCAUCGACAAUCUGCUGCUCCAGAGCGACGUCCCCAUAGACCUGCUGGAUGUGGAUAAAAACUCAGCUGUUGUCAGUUUCAGUGAAUGUGACUCAGAGCAGCCUAAUGGGAACUUCCUCCUGGCCACGUACAGAUGUCAGGCGAACACUACCAGACUUGAGCUCAAGGUGAGGUCCAUUGAGGGACAAUAUGGCACCCUGCAGGCCUACAUCACCCCAAGACUGCAGCCCAAGACCUGCCAGGUCCGCCAGUACCAGAUCAAACCCCUGUCCCUCCAUCAGCGCACGCACAGCAUAGACCACGAGAGGCCCAUGAACAGGCUCAGUCUGGUGGGACAGUUCAGUUUUGCAGAGAUCCACUCCUGGGUGGUCUUCUGUUUGCCAGAGGUGCCCGAGAAAACACCGGCAGGAGAGAGCAUCACUUUUCAUUUCCACAACACUUUCCUCGGCACGCAGCUUGAAGCCAAUUACUGCAAAGGAGAGGGUCACUUCAGGUCAGACAAUAUAUCUACCAUCUCUAUACUAAGUGAUGUCCUCUCUAAAGAAGCUACCAAGAGGAAAAUCAAUCUCAAUAUUUCAUACGAUAUCAAUGAUGACUCUGUGAGCCACACCCUCAAAAUGAUCCAUCCCAAGCUGGAGCACCAGUUGUUGUUGGCGAGAAAGGUUCAGCUCAUCGAUGCUCUGAAAGAGCUUCAGGUUCACGAGGGGAAUGCCGACUUCCUCAUCCCAGAGUAUCGCAACAUCUUAGACGACUCUGUGAAUCUCCUCGAGGAGUAUAAGAAGCAACCGGCGCACCUUGAGAGGCUUUACGGAAUGAUCACAGACCUCUUCAUUGACAAAUUCAAGUUCAAAGGCCACAAUGUGAAAACCAAGGUGUCCUCACUGUUGGAGAUACUCGAUAAUUAUGACUUAAAUUCUCUGUUGGACUUUUUCAAUGAGGCAUGACGUCAUACGCUUGAGAAGAUAUUUAUUCACUAUCUUGCUUUGUGCUAUUUUUGUAUUUGUACAUACAAAUGUUUUGUUUUUACAAUAGUUGAUUGUCAUACAGUCGUUUAGAUACAGUUUGUCCUAGCUGUGGUGUAUAAUAUUGCAAUAUUUAUAAUGGCUUUUCAUAGCAUGUAAACAUAAGGGUGGUGAUCAAUAAACCACCAAAGGUUGCCUGCAUGGUGCAGGUUCCUCUUUUUAGUAGUGGCCUGGGAUGAGAUUUGAAAUUCCAGUUACCAAACAUAAGCCAGGUAAAUGCACGUCAUGUAUAUUUUUUAUAUCAUAAUUGUCAUGACUGUGAAUUCCCCCUCAUAAAAUAAAAAUAACUUCUUUGUUUGGAA